UCCGGCAACAAUGUUCUUAUUGAUAAAAAGUAUACGUCCAAGGCGUGUCUGGGAGUCUCUGUUACCUGUUUAUACCACUUGUCGACAAUGUGGAACCGGAUACGCCUAAUAUGUAUUCUAUUAACAUAAUAAAUUUGUAUACUGCCAUUGCCACGCAUCGGUACACGUCAAAAUAACGGCGUCUUAAAGAAUUUUACGAUUCUAAAUUAUAAGCAAAUUGAUUACAAUGUGUUCUGUUUGUAUCCGAAGUUAAAAAGCUAUGGCGCAGAUCUGCAAGUUUUGUCAAAACUGAACCAUGCGGUCUUUAAGAUGGCUUGGCAAGCGUGCUGGUAUCCUCUAUAUAUUUUCAUUGGGCAUUGCAGUUUAUAUUCUUUGCGUUUUUCUCUUUAAAUUGAGGGCUAUAAAAACAUCAAAAGUUGUAAAUAAGUACAAUUUGCUACAUUUUGUAAAAUCAAAUGUGCAUCAUGAGAAGAUUAACAUCGAUGAGUCUCAAAAAAACUUGAACAUUAGUGGCAUGUUAAAUGUCCACACUUGGGCACUUCCUUGUGAACUUAGUUUGCAAAAGUUUGUACAGAAUCCAUUGUUUCCAAUAUCCCCAAUUGCCCAGGCAUUUGUGGAUAGUUUGGAAUUGAAGUGGAUGGAACAGAAAAGCAAAGACGUGAAGAAAUUUGGACGAAGAAUAUUUGGUUACUUAUCUGUGCCUAGAACUGGAAAUUUCCAAUUUUCCAUGUCAUCAAGUUAUGAUGUUCAGGUGUGGUUGAGCACGGAUCAUCUUUGGCAAAAUGUUAAACUUCUUUGCAAAAGUGACAGUUAUUUUACAGACCAAAAUUUGGUUUCCAAGAAUGGAAACUCCUCAGGAGGAAAUUUCUCAUCUGAAAUUCACUUAAAACAAGCUAGAACUUACUUCAUAGAGAUUUUAAUGAUACAUGCUCUGCCAGAUACUUUUCACCUGAGGUGGAAAGUACCACAUUCUGAAAUCUUUGAAGAAAUUUCCAACAAAUUUUUAAACCCUUAUAUGGGAGAAUCUCUUGGAUUCAAGGAACUUAUAAAGGCAUUUCCUUUGACUUCAUCUACACAAAGUUACAUAAACAGCCAUCCAAAGCAAUCAAUUUUAUCCAGCACAAAAGUAUUUCAUUCUGGUGUUAAAUCACUUGAGUGGAAUGAUGUGAAUUUAGCAUUACCUAUGUGUCCCUAUAAGCCAGAUUAUACUGGGAAAAGAGUCUGGCAACAAUACUAUACUGUAGAGCAUUAUGUUAAUCCAUCGUAUGUGUAUCCUGAAUUAAAACAUGCAAAGAUCAAAGAUGGAAAGUGGGAUCCAUGGUUUCCUCUUCAUCAAAAAGAUGCGUUGGGUAUUGUUGAAAAAUAUCUGAAGCAUCUUGGAGAUGCAUAUCCUGGAAAAUAUAAGUUAAAAGAAAUGCUUAACAUAGAGAAGAAGCCAGAUUGGCAUAAAACCAAUCGGGAGUUUUACAAGGGAACAUUAAAACAUGGAGAUAGAUAUUUCUUGGAAUUAUUAUUGUGGGAUAACACAAGUAAAAAAGAAGUUAUCUUAUCAGAGUAUGUGUACGAACAUAAGAAGAACAAGGUGCUGUGUUACCCUGAAGGGAUGCAUUGGAAUAAAACCACACCUGUAUAUUUAUUGAUUUCUGCUCGAAAACAGACAGCAUGGGUGUGGCAUUUUAUAAAGAAUGUGGAACGACUUUACCAAAGCACUGGAGAUGAAAACCUCCAUGUAAUUGUUUAUGACUACAACAGUACAAAUAUUGAUAUUGAGGCUGCAUUUCAACAGAGCUCAUUCAAAAACUAUAAGGUUUUGUUGAACCCAGAUACGAAGUACUCCAGAACAUAUUCCUUGAACAGAGCAGCAGAUGCAGUGACCGAUCCAAAUGCAAUAGUUUUUACACUAGAUCUUCAUCUUGAAAUUCCGUUAUCAUUUGCUAACAAUGUCCGCAAGCAUUGCAUAAAAGGCAAAAUGGUGUACACACCCAUCAUCACAAGGUUAUCAUGUGGUGCCUCGCCAAGGUACGUUCAUGGAUCUUGGGAUCCCUGGGGUUAUGGUAUGUUUGGUGCAUACAAGUCAGAUUGGAGCCAUUUUGAUGGAUUUGACGAGGUGAAAUUUAAAACAAGGUGGGGUGGAGAAGACUGGGAUCUUGUGGAUCGAGCCUAUGCUGUAGGAUUGGAAUUUGAAAGAAUAAAAAUUGCAGAUUUUUAUCAUUAUGAUCAUUCCAAAGUUGGAUUAUGGACAUGAUAAUAUUUGUGAUUUUUAGUGUCUAAUAAUAUAUUUAGAAUUUCUGAAAUUAUUUAUUUAGCAUUUCUGAAACAAUUUACAAUGUACAUUUUUCACAUUUGUUAUAUGCACUUGCUUCAAAAAAAUUCAUUGUUAUAGGAAUUUUAUAUACACACAAAUUUGGAAUGUUUUUGAUAUGUAACAAAUUAACAU